UCACAACCGUGGAAGUGAGAAACUCCAUUGUUUUCACAGAAAACUAAGGCACGGUGGUGGAUUCUUCACUUGGAGACCUUUUGUAACUCACAUUCCUUCUGUUUUCGUAGCUCGGCUGCGCAGUGUGGUCCCACUACACAGAUCUGCGGCGGUGAAACGGCUGUGGACCGGCGGCAGCUGACGUUUGUGUCCGCACCUUGCUUAGCAUCUUGUUCUUGUGUGCAACACCAGGAAGCGAGAUCUGGCUAUCUACAAGCUGUUACCUUACGCGAUGAAGGCACCAAAGAAUCGGAUAACAUAAUGUUAACGGUUACAGUCUGACAGUGAACGACGUUAUUUAAGUGUUGCUGCAUUAGAUUUGAAGAUUAACAUCCCAGAGGCUGACUUCGUUUAUCGUUCAGACUGCUAGCCAGCUUGCUAUUUAGCCAUCUGGCAGGAUUGUAGCUCGCUAACAUUAGCACUUGGUUACCGUUAGCAAGUUGGUCUUUGCCUGGUGAUGGCUGUGGCACACAGAAGCUGUUUUUGGGUUGGAUUUUUACUCCUAAUGCUACUGUGUGGGGGCAAAGCAAGGAAACACAAGCUCACGUUGAAGAAUGAAACUCGGUCUAUCGUCGACCUCAACAACUUUGGUUUCUACGCUAACGGGACUCUGGAUGUCAACCUGCAUUCCCUGCGACUUCCAUCACAAAGGGUGAACUACUCCGCAUCCCCGGUGGGUUUCAGUCUGUCCAGGUCCCGUGUUAAUGGAGUUUUGUCCUACACAGCAGAGGAGACGGAGACAUGCCCGCUCAGUGUUCCCAAGUCAGCCAAUGAUGAGCCUCUCAUUCUUUUUGUUUUCAAUUUCGAAGGCCUCAGUGUCAGUAUGAAAGCUACGGGUAACCAAGACAACAUCUUGACAGCAAAGCCAAAGGCUGAAGCUACUACAGGUCAGAGGAAAGCCAGGGAGAUUCCUGAUGCUGAUGCCCAAGAUAAACCAAAAGACAAUGUGAACAAAAAGCCCGAUGACAUCAAGCCAGAUGAGCACUCAAAAGCUGACGGCAAGAAACAGGAUCCUGUGGGUCAGAACGAAGGAGAUAAGACAGAAGAAAAACCAAACCCUGUAGUUGAAACUAAGAAAGUGGAGGGAAAUAUAUUCCAUCUGGACAAGCAAACCCAGCUGACUUUAGCUUUGGACCAAGUUAACGGCACCUACAACUUUAGUUUCCACCUGGAGAUUGGUCCGAAGGCUCAGGGUCUGUACAGCCUCAAGUUCCACUACUGUCAGAACAAGUUCCCUGCAGUCAAACAGCCCUACUCAUUCACGGUGGAAGUGCAAGAGAAGAAUCCAGGUGGCUACCUGUCUGCAGCUGAAAUUCCUCUGUCUCGCCUUUACAUUUGUAUGGCUGGAGUCUUCUUCACUGCUGCCUUGGUUUGGGUGUACACUCUCAUGAAGCACAGGUACAGCGUGUUUAAGAUCCAUUGGCUCAUGGCAGCACUGGCGUUCACCAAGUCCGCUUCCCUGGUUUUCCACAGUAUCAACUAUCACUUCAUCAACACUGAGGGGCAUCCUAUUGAAGGCUGGGCUGUCAUGUAUUAUAUAACACAUCUGCUCAAAGGUGCCCUCCUGUUCAUCACACUGGCUCUAAUCGGCACUGGCUGGGCCUUCGUUAAAUACAUCUUGUCUGACAAGGAGAAGAAGAUCUUCAUGAUUGUCAUUCCUCUGCAGGUCCUCGCUAAUGUCGCCUACAUCAUCAUUGAGUCUACAGAGGAAGGCUCCAGUGAAUACAAUCUGUGGAAGGAGAUCCUCUUUCUGGUCGACCUCAUCUGCUGUGGAGCCAUCCUUUUCCCUGUUGUCUGGUCAAUCCGUCACCUACAGGAGGCAUCUAGCACUGACGGCAAAGCCGCCAUGAAUUUGGAGAAGCUCAAACUCUUCCGGCAUUAUUAUGUGAUGAUUGUGUGUUAUAUCUACUUCACGAGGAUCAUAGCCAUUCUGCUGAAGAUCACUAUGCCUUUCCAGUGGCAGUGGUGUUACGAGUUUCUGGUGGAAGUGUCUACUCUGAUCUUUUUUGUGCUGACGGGCUACAAGUUCCGACCGGCGUCCAAUAACCCCUACCUCCAGCUUCCCCAGGAUGAGGAGGACGUAGAGAUGGAUGAAGUGUAAGCGCACACGUCUAGUGACAGAGUCGGGAGCACUGGAGGGAAUUUCCAAAGUCAAGAAGACGUGUAACGGACGCGAGCGCCAGAAAGAGUCCACCUUGUGAGCAGGAUGCUGCAUCAUUGAGGCAGAGCAACUACACAUCCCCAGGCCAGCUGGUAUACAGGGGUACACAUGGACCAAGGCUCCCCACAUGUAAUGACAGCUGUCCUUGAAAAAAUAACUCCUCUUGUGGUUGCAGUGGCCAUGCCCACUGUCUGGCUAUGCAAAGAAAAAAAAAGAAAAACGACAAAAAAAGACUAACUUGUUGGACGCUCUUCAUUUCCUUGGAACACUCCACCCAGAAACUCUGAGAGGUUUCAGGAGGCUCCUGCCACAUGGACAGGUGGAGAUAUGGAAAGGAGCUCUGAUCUCUUUAUAGAUUUCAUUUCUCUCUCUCUUUCUCUCUCCAAAGAUAAUUAUCAUUUUAGAAAAAGACUUGAUUUUGGGUGUGUUUAUAUCAACUAUUUAAAGCGGUACUCCUGCGAGCCUCUUAGCUGUACCUUUUUGUGUGUGAUACGAGUACACGUGUGUGAAUGUGAGACAACACAAAUUUGAACACAACAGUUUUUUUUUCCCUUUGGAGACAAUAGCCCACACUCAGGUAAAAGGCUAAUCAAUAUAUUUAAAACUUAGGCAACAACUCAUUAUGUCUUUUUCCCACUGUCCAGGGUUCAGUAAUGUCCCAUCAGUCUUUACAAAACUUCAUCGUCACCUCACUGUAUGGUAUGUGACUUUUUUCUUAUAUAUUUGAUUUGUAUAUUGAAAUAUAUUAUGAAAUAGGUAUAUUUCAAUAUAUUGGCUUACUGCAUAUUGAAAUGUUCUAUUUCAGUAUUAUUGUUUCUGUUGGAGAGGUAAGAGUUCCUCCCAGUCCGUCACUUGGACCGCUGCUGUAAUUUAGUGCUUUUGUGGUUGAGGAUACCUUACAUCUCUGUGAAUUCAGCCCACAUGGUGACAUGUGGACCUCUUGAUGAAUAAACAGGUUUUUGGAUCGAUGUCUAAAAUAUUCAGAGCAGUGGCCCAGCUUAUGUUCAAUAACGGCCUUGUUCUUUUUUUUCCCCCCAGAUUGGCAUUGCUGUGUCAAUCUGGGCAGAAAAGUGACCUAACUGAUUUAUGAAUUUGCCUGCUUUGGGUUUUACCUUUUUGCUCUUGAUGUGAAGCUUAUUUUUAAUAAUUAUUGAUGACUUCUUGGUUUGUAGAGAAUCAGCAGCGUGUGCAGCCAGCCAGGCAGGGUAGAUGGCCAUUUGUAAAUAGGACUGUUGAUGCAAGAGAAGGCAAAUUACACUUUUCACGAGAACCGCAUUGAGGCUUUAUAGAGUGUUUUUCCACAGGUUCCAGUUCAAUGAGAUUUUUUGAUUCCUUUAAUUGACAAAUGUGAGGAAACAGGGAAAGACUACUGAGAUUCAACCACAGUCCCUCCUGUUCAGGGAUGGCCGAGCUUCAUGGUGUUUACUGACAGCUGAUUCCAGGCUCUGGGUGUCCAGGAGGUAACAGUCAGUGUAGCUUCACUUCAGUUGGCUGAAGGGUUUCUGCUUGUUACAGAGGGCUGGUGAUGUCUGUAUGAACUGUCACAAUAAAGCUGGAAUUCUGGAAAGGUC